GCCCAAAGUCCACAUGGGUUAUUAAAAAUGAUCCAACUGUAUAUAAUAAUUGAUACAAGAAAAACCAAUCAAAUUUCAUUAUGCUGAUAAGCUACACAAAGCAAUGCAACAUACAAUAGAAGCUUUUUUUUCUGCUACCAUAUCCAACCUCACAUGAGUCCUUUUUUGCAAGAGUUUUUCAACAUAAGUCAUUAAAAUGGAGUGCCUUGUAAUGAAUUACUUUGACGAUGACCCAUAUAAUAUAGUCCCAGAUGAUGUAUCCACUGAUUCAAAUACCACAAGCAGUCUUGACAUUAGAGAUAUAUCAAAGAAAUCUGACCCAUCAGAAUCUAUUUCAUUCAGCACAAGCACUGCUAAUGCCAGCACUACAUCUCAGCAGACUACAAUUCCAGAUCCUGAGUUGGAAAAUACAACCACUGUCAUAAAUCAUGCAGGGACUGAUCUGGCAAUAUCAGAACAGAAUGGAAUUGUACCUAAUGAUAACAUAAACAAACCUAAGCUAAGUUUUCGGUGUAACAUUUGCAAUUUUUUUUCUAAAACCAGAUUCUCUUUGGCCCGACACCAACAAGUAGCACAUGAGUCAGAGUCAGCAAAUAUUCAUAUUGAUACAAUUGAGACAAAUUUAAAUACUCAAAAUCAUCCUGAGAAAAAAAUUUGCUUUAGAUGUGAUUUAUGUGAUUUUUCAACCAAUAUUCGAUUUGCUUUAGCUAGACACCAAUUGAAACAUCAUAAGGAAAGUAACUCAAAUAACAAAACAGGUACUUCUGAUUUGAAUAAUGAUGAUUCAGUAUCUGAAUCUGAUGAUUCUGAUUUGGAUACUCAUUUUUCAUUCUCUGAUAUAAAUGAUGAGUUUGGAGAUGUUUUUGACGAUUUUGAUUCAGGUAAGGAUUUUUCAGCUUCCAAGCCAGAGUUAUUAUUUAAAGCAACUGUAGUGCCUCAAUUAUUCAACUCUCAAAAAUGUUCUGAUACUGCAAAAGUUUCCAUUGGUUUGAAGCAGCCUGAAAAAAGUCACUUGGAAAAAUCCCCAAAAAAAUUAAAUUUUGUAUGUUCUCAUUGCUCCUUUGAAGGAAAAUCUGAAAGAUCAUUAUUAUUUCAUUUAGUAAACGCCCACCGCGAACUCAGUAGUUUUUGCAACUAUUGUGAUAGAAGAGUACCUUAUCAAUUGAAUAUUGAACACACCAAAAAGUGUAAGGUUAAAGCUAUUUAUAAAUGUCCAAAAUGUAAGAAUUUUAAAGUAUCAAGAAAAAUGUUAUUGAAACAUCAGCGAACAUGUAAGAAAUUGCCAGAUGAAUCAGAAAAGGUAGAAUCAAGCAAAACUUUGCAGGAAUCGCCAAGCUGUGAGAACAUUCGGACUAAUGAAGUCAAGAUUAGCUCAGAAUUGCCGGAUUCAAAGAAAACAUUAGAAGAGAACGUUCCACAAAGUUCCAAUGAUUCUGCAGAUAAACAAUAUAUUUGCAAUAUAUGUUCAUUAUUUGAGACUUCGGAUAAAAUAUUAUUCAACCAGCAUUUAUUGAUGCAUCUUCAGUCAAAUCAACAAAUGGAAAUUGUACCGCCAGAAAAUGUAAGCCCAGAGGAAAAUUCUGAAAUAAAUAAUGAAACAGUUGUGCCAGAACAUGCACAUGAAAAGUCAAAUAUAGUUGAUAAUGAGCCAUCUUCAUUAAAUAAGGAUGAUUCUUUAGAUGAAGAGUCAGUUUUGAAGGAAGAAUCUGUUUCAGGUCACUUACGCCAUGAUGAGUUAAUAAUAAAAGAAGAACUGAGACUAAAUGGUAUUGGAACAAGAUCAUAUGAUUGUGUUCAGUGUCCUCACAAGUCAAAAAAUCAAAAAUCGUUACAGAAACAUUUUAGAGCAGUUCACAUAGGCAAAGAUUUUAACUGUCAACAUUGUUCUUAUAUUUCAAAAGGUGGCCGAUAUUCUACAUUUUCCCACACGCUGGCUCAUAGACUCGACAAACCCAUCUUUAAAUGUACUUUUUGCGAUUUUAGAUCUUUCAAACGUGUCGUUAGUAAGCAUUCUGUGCAGAUGCAUGGAAAAAAUGUCGAAUGGCAGGCUACCAUGAUAAACUGCCCUCAUUGCUCAUUUGUAUGUAAAAAUCAAUGUUCUUAUAAAGAGCAUGUCCGGCGACAUAUUUUAACCAAAGAAAAGCUUCAGAAAUGUGAACAGUGCGACUUCAUAUCAUUUAAAAUUAACGUUAUCAAACAUCAGAAUAAAUGUCAUGUUACUCCCAAGAAUACCAUUUACAGAUGCACACUUUGUUCUUUUGAAACAAAUACUAAAGGUAAUUUACAGGGUCACAUACAUCGACAUACCAAACUGAAAAAAACACUUUAUAGUUGUACAAAAUGCAAUUUUAAAAGUUUGAUCGCUAAUGCUGUUCGAGGUCAUCUGAAGGAAAAACAUGGAUAUAAGUACAAAAGAAAAGUAGUUAAAUGUGAUCUCUGCUCAUAUUCGGCACACGGAAUAGAAAAAUUACACAGGCAUAAAUCAUAUCAUGCCACGGGCUCAUUGACUUAUAAAUGUGACUUUUGCGAUUAUACAUCAUUCAGGAAUACUGUUAAAAAACACUCGAAUAUUGAGCACAAUACAGAAUUUAUUGCAAAAGAAAAAAGGAGCUACAUAAAUCCACAGGAUAGAAAAAAAAUUAGAAACAUCAAAAUUAAAACAGAAGAAGAAAUAUACCAUUGCGACCUGUGUUCCUAUGUUUCGAAUUUCAAGUAUAACUUACAACUUCAUAUUCAAAAACACAGAGACAAUGUUCCUAUGAUAAAUUGCACAGAAUGUGAUUUUAAAUCAUUUAAAUCAAUUGUAAAGUACCAUUCAAAACAUAUUCACAAUAAACGAAUUGAUAAUCCCAAAAAAGAGCACAUUUACAGUUGCGACCUUUGCUCAUAUACAGCAAAAUGGAAUAGCCAAUUCAAAAAUCACUCUUUAAAACACACUUUGUAUAAUACUAAAGUAUAUAAUUGCAAGGAUUGUGAUUAUAGAGGCUUCAGAGUUUGCAUAAUUAAACAUUAUCGUGAAUUGCAUGGAAAAACGAUCACUGAUGCCAAUUUGGAAUUAAAACAAAAAAUAUUCGAGUGCUCUCAUUGUUCUUAUACAGGGAAAAGUUUAGAUGGACUGAAACAUCAUCUGCUGUUACAUACUGAAGAUAAAGAACCAAUUUAUGAUUGUAAUAAUUGCAAUUAUAGGACAACAUUGUCAGGUAUAAGGCGUCAUUCUCAAAAAGAACAUGGGGUGAAAUACAAGGUCCUUGAAGGCGAACACAGCAGGAGGCAGUCAAAUGGAAAAACUAAUUUAAAUACAAGAGAUAAAUUGUACAAUUGUGAACUUUGUUCAUACACUACUCAAAUUUACAAUACUUAUAAGUCUCAUGUUGACAAGCACAAUGAUGAAGGUAUGGAAGUUAUAAAAUGUAACUAUUGCGAUUUUAAGGGAUUCAAAACCACUGUCGGUAAACAUAUAAAGGCAAAGCACGAAGUUAUAUUUACGUGCGACAAGUGCUCUUACAGUACUAAAGAUAAAAAGAAACAUAUUAAUCAUUUGAGUUUGCACACUAGUGAAACUCUUAUUUUUAAGUGCAGUAUGUGCGAUUUUGCCUCUUUUUCUUUAGUAAUUCGUAAGCAUAUGAUUAGUGAACAUCCAAACCGUACUAAGGAUCAAAAUGUUCUACAGUUAGUUAAGGAUUUUUGUAAAAAUAAGGAUAAUGCGGCCGUUGAAAAAGAAAAUGUAAUUAAUCAUUCUAAUGGAGAUUAGAUAUUUUUUAUGGUUUUGGCUUGGUUCAAAUUGCUGUGAUUUUUGCCUCUUCGAUGUUGAAGUUAUAGAAAACUGUUUUAUUUGGGUUUUUGGUCUGCUUUUUGUUCAAACAUCAUGCAGGAUUAGCCAAAAGCACUGUUGGUUACAAUCAAAAUUUUUAUACCUCGAUUUUUUUUUAAAUCCUUUAUACAUUUGUUGUUAUUACUGAAAUACUAUUUUUGUAUUUUCUAUAUUAUGCCUUUAUAUUUAGAAUUAUUUACUUUUUAUAAAUUUAAAUAAUAGGUAUUUUUAAUUAUUAAGAAUUAUUAAUUAAUAGUUAUAUGACUGACUUAUUUUUGGAAUCUAAAUUGAUAAAUAUAAUUAGGAUUUGAGAAGCGAUUUGAUAUUAAAAUUGAGAAGUUAUGGAAGAUUUAUUAUUGAUAAGUGAAAAUUAAUUAGAUAAUAUUUUAUAUUUUAGUUAUACAUACUGUAUUUGAAGUUUGGGUAUGUAUUAUUAUUUAGAUUAAGAUAAGUGGAUAAAUGCCUAUUUAGAAGAUAAUAAUUAGGUGCUAAGCUAAUUUCUAGGUAAAAUAUGAAUAUUGUGUAAGAAAACUUUUUAGGUGUGUUUUUACACAUCCUGUCCUGAUAUCAGAAUUUCUUUUACUUUUAAUAGAUAUUUACGAAAUAAAUUACCUACCAAAUACUAA